CUGGGCUGAUAUUUUUUUUUUUUUCCCCCUCCUCCACGGUGGAAGCAUCCGACGGUCAGGGGCGGCCGGUGGGAGGAGGCAAAAGAGUCCGCAGCUGCCUCUUUGACAGGCGCAGGAGGAAACGACGCAAGCUCUCUGCUAAUGUCUACGGUGAACGCUCGUCAAGAAGAACUUCCUCUUCAGCAGCAGGAGGAUCCACAGCCCCCCCACAUUAAAGAGGAAAAGGAGGAAGUGUGGAUCACUCAGGAGGAAGAGUGUCUUCUAGGGCAGGAGGAGGCUGAUAUCAGCAAGUUUCCACUGACUGUUGUCUCUGUGAAGACUGAAGAGCAUGAAGACAAACCACCUGAGUCCUUACAGCUUCAUCACAGUCCAAUGUGGCAAUCUUGGAGUCACGCAGAUCCUGGGGGACGGCUCCAUCUUUCCAACAGAGGCAGAGGAGAUCGUGAAGACGUCCAGCAGCCCCCUCACAUUAAAGAGGAAGAGGAGGAAGUGUGGAUCACUCAGGAGGAAGAGUGUCUUCUAGGGCAGGAGGAGGCUGAUCUCAGCAAGUUUCCACUGACUGUUGUAUCUGUGAAGACUGAAGAGCAUGAAGACAAACCACCUGAGUCCUCACAGCUUCAUCACAGUCCAAACGUCCAGCAGGUGGCAGCAGAGAGUCAUGAAGAGAUUCCCUCCAAGCAGCAGGAGUGGAGCUCCAGUGUGGGACAAAAAGAGAUACAGGCCCCCUCCCACAUUAAAGAGGAAGAGGAGGAACUGUGGGAGCAGCUUCAAAGGUUGGAGGAGGUUAAUGAUGAAGAUGAAGCUCAGUCCUUACAGCUUCAUCACAGUCAAAGUGAGGAGAACAGAGGGGCGAAGCUUGCAAGUCAACACAUCACAGAAGCUGAUGGAGAGCAUUGUGAAGAUAUAAAGUCAGAACCAGACAGCAUCUUUGCUCCACUGUCAGACAUGGACCACAUGAUGUCAGACUCUUCUGAUCACAGUGACCACAUCCAAAAACCUUUGGAGGGUAAAAAUUACUCUCAAAGUGAUACGAGACUUCACACUAACAACAAACACUUUGACUGCUCUGAAUGUGGGAAAUCAUUUAGACAGAAGGGUCAUUUUACAGUACACAUGAGAAUACAUACCGGAGAGAAACCUUUUACUUGCUCUGUUUGUAAGAAGAGUUUCUCAACAAAGGAAAGCAUGACCACACAUAUGAGAACACACACUGGAGAGAAACCUUUUACUUGCUCUGUUUGUAAUAAGAGAUUCUCCACAAAGCAACAAAUGACCAGACACAUGAGAACACACACUGGAGAGAAACCUUUUACUUGCUCUGUUUGUAAGAAGAGUUUCUCCAUAAAGCAACACAUGACCACACACACGAGAACACACACGGGAGAGAAACCUUUUCCUUGCUCUAUUUGUAAGAAGAGUUUCUCCAGAAAGAUUGUCAUGACCAGACACAUAAGAACACAUACUGGAGAGAAACCUUUUACUUGCUCUGUUUGUAAGAAGAGUUUCUCCAGAAAGCCUGACAUGUCCACGCACAUGAGAACACAUACCGGAGAGAAACCUUUUACUUGCCCAGUUUGUAAGAAGGGUUUCUCCACAAAGCGUAACAUGACCACACACAUGAGAACACACACUGGAGAGAAACCAUUUAGUUGCACUGUGUGUGAUAAAACAUUCAGAAUUAAGUAUCAGGUCAGUAAACACAAGUGUGUAACAGUCAUGGAAGCUGCAGUGAUUUAAAAACAAACAGUGAUUGUGUUAAAAUUACUUUAAGAACACAGCAUGAUAAAUAUGAAUGUAUUUUUGAUGUUGUAUGUAGUGCUUCUCAUCUUCUAGUGUUAUAUGUUGUCCUGUGGAUACUUAUUAAGUUGUGUGCAUAUAUUGAAAAUUAUAUUUAUGAAGUGUGAAUUGAAUUAUAUUUAUAUAGAACUUUUCUCGAGUGACUCAAAGCGCUUUAUAUAGUGAAACCCAAUAUUUAAGUUACAUUUAAACCAGUGUGGGUGGCACUGGGAGCAGGUGGGUAAAGUGUCUUGCCCAAGGACACAACGGCAGUGACUAGGAUGGCAGAAGCUGGAAUCGAACCUGCAACCCUCGAGUUAUUAUGUAGUUAUUAAUAUAUUCUAUUUUCUCAUUUUUUUUCUUCACAUAUUUUUUCAGUUGCAUUUUAUUGAUGUUAUUAUCCAAUUAAAAGUAAAAAUGAAUGCAGUUGUGGACUCUGGCAUAUGCAGCAUUGUUACAUCAUGGAUGUUAACUACUGCAAAACAUCAACAAAGAAGAAAAAGGCUGAAGUUAGCAACACAUCACUCAACUUUAGAGCGUAGUGGAGUUGGUUGUUUUUAUUGCUGCUUUUGUACAAACCCAGUUUCCAUAUGAGUUGGGAAAUUGUGUUAGAUGUAAAUAUAAACGGAAUAUAAUGAUUUGCAAAUCCUUUUCAACCCAUAUUCAGUUGAAUGCACUACAAAGACAAGAUAUUUGAUGUUCAAACUCAUAAACUUUUUUUUUUUUUUGUAUUUAAUAAUUUAGAAUUUCAUGGCUGCAACACGUGCCAAAGUAUUUGGGAAAGGGCAUGUUCACCACUGUGUUCCAUCACCUUUUCUCUUAAAAACACUCAAUAAAUGUUUGGGAACUGAGGAAACUAA